AUGUUCGAUAUCCCACAACCUCUUGAACCCGAUCCCAACGCAUACAUCGAGAGUUGCCCCAUAGUUGAAAUGCAGGAUUCAGCGUACGAUCUCGAGUACAUUAUUUCAAUAUUUUACGACAAUAUCAGACACCAUAUGCGAGAACCGAUGAAGUUUAAAGACAUCGCUGCCCUCUUACGCCUCGGGAAAAAAUAUGAAAUCGGACAUUUUCAAGACGAAGCGCUUCGACGACUGCGUCACGAUCUUCCAUCGACCUACAAUACAUGGGAAGCCCAACUUGGUUGGGUGUAUUGCCAGGAUGUUUGUCAAAUACUUGAAGUUUGGAAUUUUUACCCACAGAUAAUUUCUCUCGCCCACGAAAUCGGUCUGGAGACUAUUCUUCCAGCUGCAUACCUAUGUCUUAUACAAAGUCAGAGUGUCGAAAACAUCCUGCAGGGCAAAUUUCAGUGGGUUGGACAAACUUGCAAUAGAAGCGUACAAGAAUCGGAUCAAGAAACCACAAUUUACAGUUUUCCUCAAUCUGCUGUUCAUGCAUGCUUAAUAGGAAGGGAUAAACUCCUCUGCGAGAUACAGAAAACCUACAUUGACUGGUUCCAGACGGAUGUUGUGCUUCCUGGGGAAGACUGCACGACACCCUCUGAGUGCCAACAAGAAAAGGCAGAAACCUUAGCUUCGCUCACAGGGAUGAAAUUUUUUGAUGAUAUCAAGGCGAUGGAUUUUGACACCGACUUCAACACCGAGACGAGUGUUUGCUCCAGUUGUAAACGCUCCGUGAAAGAUGUAAUCCAACAAAAUCGUAUGGAGAUCUGGAGCCGUCUGCCUUCGAUAUUUGGACUGCCUGAUUGGGAAGAUCUCGAGGAUUUCGAUAUGUGA